AAAAGUUCGUACGAGUAACAAUUUUGCCGCGAUGAAAAUGGGCGAGAACGUAAAGGUAAUUGUGCGCUGCCGACCGAUGAAUCGGAAGGAAAUGGAUAUGAAAUGCAAGAGCGUUGUGCAUGUCAAGGACUGCUCAGUCACAUUGGAAAAUGCAUCGGAUUUGUCGGCGCCGAGUAAGAUGUUUACGUUUGACAGUGCCUAUGAUAUGAAUUCGAACACGGAGGCGAUUUACAAUGAUAUUUGUUAUUCAUUAGUUGAGAGCGUCUUGGAAGGCUACAACGGCACAAUUUUCGCCUACGGUCAAACGGGAUGCGGAAAAUCUCACACAAUGACAGGUCCCAGCGAGAUUUUCGAGAAAUCCACGCCCGAACUCAACGCUCAACGUGGCAUCAUCUCCCGUUCCUUCGAACACAUCUUCGAAGCUAUUGCCGUCGCGACUGACGUUCGUUAUCUCGCGCUCGUCAGUUACCUCGAAAUCUACAACGAAAACAUCCGAGACUUGCUAAACCCCUCCGCCGACACAAAUAACCUGCAACUGAAGGAAUUGCCGGGCGAGGGCGUCACCGUUCACAAUUUAUCGAUGCACACCGUGCAAAAUGUGCGCGAAUGCGAGCAACUUUUGAUACAGGGAAACAAAAACCGCAUGGUUGGCGCGACUUUAAUGAACGCCGGCAGCUCGAGAUCGCAUUCGAUCUUCACAAUUAGCGUGGAACAAGUGUCAAUUAACAACAAAGAUGCCAACGACAAGGGAAACAUCAAGAAAGGGAAGUUGAAUCUCGUGGAUUUGGCGGGAUCGGAGAGACAAGCGAAGACUGGAGCAACGGGAGAUCGUCUCAAAGAAGCAACAAAGAUAAAUCUUUCGUUAUCUGCUCUGGGGAACGUCAUUUCAGCUCUUGUCGAUGGAAAAACGAAACAUAUCCCGUACCGAGACUCGAAAUUAACACGUUUACUCCAAGAUUCACUCGGCGGAAACACAAAAACCCUGAUGAUCGCUUGCAUUUCACCGGCAGCUUAUAACUACGACGAGACUUUAUCAACUUUGAGGUAUGCCAGUCGCGCCAAAAACAUUUCUAACAAGCCUCGGGUGAACGAAGACCCCAAAGACGCUCUCAUGCGCGAAUAUCAAGAAGAAAUAAAUCGCUUGAAGAGCCUUUUGCAAAACAAUAACACACAAGAAAUGGCGGGAAAUCCCAUUUCCGAUCAAAAUUCCGCCCAUUUGUCCCAAGAAUGGCUCGAAAACGAGAAAUCCAAGCUCCAAUCCGAGUUCGAAGCAGAAAAAAUUCGCCUAAAACGGGAACACGAAGCGCAAAAGAUCGAAAAACAAGAACUUCAAAAAGAUAUCGAGACCUUAAAAGCUCAUUACGAGAAGCAACUCGACCUUUUAUCAAAAAAACAAGAUCAAAACAACAACAAUCAACCAGUUUCGACGGAGGAAAUCAUGAAUCGCAUCGAAUCGAUCAAAGCGACGCUCAUUGGAGGCGAACGCGCGAACGAUUUGCAGCUCAAAGAGAAGCGAUACAAGAAAAAACUCGCCGCGCAGCGAAAAUUGAGUGCUUUAGCUCACGUUUUAGGUCGCAUCGAGCAAUCAUCGGACCGGGACUUGCUAAAGGAGCAUUACACGGACAUCCAUCAAGAGUUGCAGGCGAAAACGGAAGCACUGCGAGGCCAAAAGAAGAAAGUUUUGUCGUUGGAACGCGAAAUUACGGACUUACAAUCGGAGUUUCAGCUCGAUCGAGCGGAUUAUUUAGAGACAAUUCGAAAAUUGGAGCGAAAUCAGCGAUUUUACGAACAAAUGUUGGACAAAGCGGUGCCUUUAUUGCGAAAAGACGGCAAAUUUUGGGAUAUUGAGGCAAUUAAAUGUCAAUCAGAAUGGAAUGACGACGCAAAAAAAUGGAAAUUACCUGAUGAGCCUUUCAGUAAGUUGUGUAUGUUGCCAGCUAUUGAGCAGAAACAGGCUCAACAACAACGUUUUGGGAGGGAAAACACGUCGUUAACGGCUCCCGGAAGACUUGAACGUUCAUCGAGCAUCAUUUCAAUAAUUUCCUUGCAUGAACAGGACCCUUCUACGGACGAUGAUGACAAUCAUAACAAUGAAAGUCUGUUUUUAAAGAAAAUUUCAAAUCAAGAAUCAGAAAAUAUCGUUUCGACGUACUUUCGGCCCAAACGAGUGACGGAACUGAUGCAACAAAGUCAAAAUUGGACCGGAAAAGAUUCAUUAAAUCCGAUCCGCAAAAGUAGCUUAAGUCACUCAAUUUCGACCUUAAAUCGCAUUAACAGCAGUAUUAGUGAUCAGAAACAACCCCUGUCGACAUCUAAAAUCGGUAAUUUGAACAAAACCUGGGCUGGGGGAGCCAUUCAGAACAUCGUGAACAAAAAUAAUAACAAAUUUAUCGAAGAUAAUUCACUGAGUAGUAAGGUAUUUCGACCAACAGCAGCCCACAGAAACGGAACAAAAUUGACGUAAAAUGCAGCUUUGGAGCUUAAUUUCACCACGAAAUGCCUUAAUGAGAGUUUCCCAGCACAUGAGUGUCAACCACAGUGUGAUUCAAGUACCUUUUGAUCGAUUUUAAGAAUUAAAAAAUUAAU